AAUUUCUCUAUCUAAAUAUCUAUCGUUUGCCUUAUACGAUCCAUCUCUAGAAUAUCAGGAACCAUGUCUACUGCUAAGGAAUCAUGGGAAGGUGAAGAUCAUCUAUCUCCACAAGAAACGAUGAUCAGUAGGCUUAUAAUUAAAUCUCAAGAUGAGAUGUUUCAUAGACUUGAGAAAUCUCAUGACGAGAUGUUCUGCAGGCUUGAGAAGAUGCUUCGGGAAAUACUCGACAAACCUCUACAUAAAGAGGAGAUUCAGAGCCGUAGUAAGUAUGCUGAUGAUGAUGCAGAGGCACCUGAACAGGAUGGUCAAAAUAUAUUUGAAUCUCUAUUCAAGGCAGCAGAAUCUGGUAACUGGUCUGAGGCUCUUGAAUUUUUCAAGAACAAUCCACUAGUGGAGAUGACUGAUGAGAAUUGCAAAAUCGCUCUGCGUAUAGCUGUACUUAACGAUCGGUUGCCGUUUGUGAAGAAAUUUGUGGAACUUUUGCCACAAGCAGCACUUUCACAUGAAUUAAAAGACAACGGUUUCACAUCACUUCAUACUGCUGCAGCUUAUGGAUACACUGAAAUUGCAAAGGUGUUGGUAAACAAGUACCCAAAUCUAACUCAGAUACGCGAUAAGAAAGGAAGGGUACCUCUCCAACUUGCUAUUCAAGCUGUUACAGCAGGACAAAAGGCGACGGUUAAGUAUCUCUUCUCUGAAACCAAAGACGUGGAGCCAUCAAGUCCGUUUUCCGGUGAUGAUGGUGCUAAGUUAUUGUGCAGUGCCAUUGAUGCCAAUUUCUAUGAUAUAGCACUCUUAAUUGUCAAAAGAAUUCCGGAGUUGAUUACUAAAAAACAGACGAUAACUGAAAACACCGGUCCAUCAAAACUACCGGUACAUAAUCCAUGUGCAUUAGCGACGAUGAUUCAGAGGCCAUUAGCCUUUUAUAGUGGAGCAAAGCUGACAUGGUGGCAACGCAAAAUUUAUUCAUUGAUUAGCGUGGAUAUGGAUUCAGCAUGUGUCAAUGACGCCCAGGCAGAUGAACAACAUGAUUCGAAAAACCAAAAUCUCUGUUCUCCCUGUCUACCCAAGGGAUAUUGGAACUGCACAGGCCUUUGGUAUCCCCUCCAAUUAAAAACUGAGGCGGUGAAUGGUACUGAAAGAGAUGAAGAGAACCCUCAACCGAGCUCAGAAGCCAACCAACUUUGUGAAAAUAAUCCUUUGAAGAUCUUAGCCUGUCGCAUGUCCGGCAUAACACAAGUGCUUCAUAUCAAGCAGUCCAUAUACAAACAGAAGUUGAUGCACAAACAAGCCCUUGCCUUGAUAAAAGAAAUGUUCGACCAGCUCCAUAAAACAAUGACAAAGCCUCAGGUAUUAGUAUUUUUCGAUAACGGUUCUAAGAUGAUCAAGAACGCUAUAACGAAUGGGACUAUAGAGAUCGUAGAGGAGUGCCUUAAGAAGUUCCCAUAUCUUAUUUGGAAUGAUUUAGGGGGUCAAACAAUGAUACAAAUGGCUGUUGCCGUACGCAAUGAGAAGAUUCUAGAUCUCAUAUGUAAGUAUAGUGGAAAAGAUAAAAUGGAUCUAGUUUCCAGAAAAGAUACAACAGGCAACACUCUUCUGCAUCAUGUUGCAAAGUUAGCACCUCCUAUUCAACUCAAUUUAGUAUGUGGUACAGCUCUUCAGUUGCAACGAGAAAUACAGUGGUUUAAGGGAGUUGAAAGUAUUCUACCAGAGGCUGACAAGGUCAGGAGAAAUAAAGAAGGAAAUACAGCACACUAUAUAUUUACAGAGGCACACAAGGAUUUGGUAGUACAAGGAGGGGAAUGGAUGAAAAAUAUAUCCGAAGCGUGCAUGGUUGUUGCUGCAUUGAUUGCCACGGUAGCAUUUGCAGCCGUUUUUACUGUACCCGGAGGGAACAUUAGUGAUAGUAGUAGCCCUAAGAAUGGUACCCCAAUUUUCUUGGGAACUAAAUCAUUUACUACCUUUGCUAUAGCAGAUGCCUUAGCACUAUUCUCUUCAAUCUCAUCUGUGCUCAUGUUCCUAGCAAUUUAUACAUCUCGACAUGCGGAACAAGAUUUUUACAGGUCCCUGCCACAAAAACUAAUAAUUGGUCUCACAACUCUCUUUAUAUCCAUGGCCACCAUAAUGAUAGCUUUUGGUGCUUCAUUGUUUAUUAUGCUUCGAAAUAAAUUUGCUUGGGCUCCGUACCCUAUAGCAGUGUUCAGUUGUCUUCCUUUUAUCUUGUUUGCAUCGCUGCAGUUACCGCUGUUUGUAGAAAUGGUUCAUUCCACAUAUUUCCAUAGCCUCUUCCGGAAACACAGGUAUGUCCGACCCUGCCAGCAAAAAAAUGAGAAAGAGGAAUAGAAUUGAACGGAGAAAUAAUUGUUCGAUAACAUUUUAUAUGUUCUUUAAGUAAGUUGCAUAAUUUAUUUGCUGGAUGUUAGAUUGGGAGGUGUAAUUGAAAGAUCUUUGUGUAAA